AUGGAAAAAGAGCAAAAACGAAAAAAUAACAAUAAAACUUUGCCAGAUCCUGUAAUCGAAGCCGACAUCCUCAGCAGCCGCAAACCAAAACCGAACAAAACCGCUCAACCGACAGAUCAUUGGUACACACAGAGUACUCAAUACUCCAUACUCUUGGCUAAUAAAGGAAGAAGUCAUUUAAGCCCGCCCCCGUUUAGCCCCGCGCCCCGGAAGCCCCCGUUCCUUCUCCUAUUCUGGGCCGAGGCCGCGGUGCCUCAUUGCGCUUGCCCCGCAACCUCGGCUGAACAUCAGUAUCCUAGGGCCCUAUCUGUGGCGGUAUAUUGGAUCUUUGAGGCGCGCGCUAAUCGCUACGCAGCGCACGGUUGUGUCUGGUUCUGGUCAGGCGGCGAGCAAUCCUUACUCGCCGUCAGUAGAUCCGCACUUACGGUCGGCAAACGAGCAGACGGAUUACCUGAUGGUAAGCAAUCAGCGCCGCCCAUGGACACCCGCAACUGUGGAGUUACGAUGCUGAAGGUGUCAAAAGAUCAGCUGGAGUUUUGGGUCAAGAGCAGCAAGGUCCGCGACCUAGAGCAGCGGAGGAAACAGGGGUUUUUAUUCAGUAAGAGUGACACUCCCUCUCGCCAAAACUUGAACGAGAGAGAACUUGAGAGACAUUUUAAGACUGGGACAGUUCAAUAUUCUAAGGCGUCACAAAAUCACUCUAUGGCGAUUUCAGGAGUUUCCAUUAACAGUUUUAUGAUAGAUUACAAUAGAGUAGAAAAUUGCUUGCGACGGAAAUUGCACCCUGUUGGUGUUAUCGUAGAUGCUGGAUGUGGGGGCACUGAGGAUGUUAUGGACUUUGUUUCCCAAAAUAUGUUGUUGGACUCAAAUCACAAAUGGCUCCUUAUUGACGAUGACGAAGCUUAUAAAGUGUAUAAUGAAACUGAGGUCGAUAUGAUCAUGGCUGACAGUGGUAACGGGAGCUUGAUUGAAAUGCUUCAACGUUUGAAUAUCAGCGUAGAUGCUGAUAUUGUGACGGGUUUUAGAGAGGACACCAGAUAUAUUCUUCAAGAAGUGUUCAAUUAUGGCAAAGUACAAGGAGGCAAUUUAAUUAUUCAUGAAAUUGGAUCCUGGGAUCCUGAUUACGGUUUUAAUUUGUCUAUAGAUCUGAAUGGAUACAAAUAUUACAGGCGAUGGGAUUUCCAAAAUAUAUCCAUGAAAUUUAUCCUAGUUGUCCAACCAGUACCAGAUCAUUUUGAUCCAGAAUCGCUAUUAGGUUUGGAGGCAGUUCCCGGGGUUGCCAUGAUGACACAAACAUCUGCUACCAUCCUUUAUGCAGUCGCUAAGAUGCACAACAUAAGUUACGUUCCCACCAUCACUGAUAGAUGGAUCGGCACGUACGAAAAGAACGCUACCAGAGUGGUAUCAAAUAGCUUGUACUUCCGAGAGCAAGAUUUGUCUCCAGUAAUACGGUUUCAGUUGGUUCAAGAUCGAACCGAUGUCCUACUUCCCCCUCUUACUUCUAUUGAAACUAGAUACUUCUACCGGAUACCAACAAUUGGCCCUGGAAAGUUUGAGAAUCAAUUUUUAAGACCUCUGAGUCCCACAGCAUGGUGGAGUGUCAUCGGAGUAUCAGCAUUGUGUUCUGCAUUACUGCUAGUCUCUGCUUUAUUUGAACAUCGUCCAUCGUCUGUGCAGUACGCUUUAUUCUCUGUCAUAGCUUCAAUUUGCCAGCAAUCUCGUAAAGUCACAAUUCUUGUGACUGGUCUUUCCUGCGUGCUCAUAUACAACUACUACACCAGCUCCGUGGUAAGCUGGUUGCUGAACGGUCCACCACCUUCCAUCAACUCCUUGAAGGAACUCCUGGAGAGUCCGUUAGAACUGAUCUACGAGGAUAUUGGAUAUACAAGGUCUUGGUUACAGAAUCCUUCUUACUACUAUAAUGGAAAGAACGCCGCCAUAGAAGACGAGCUACGAAAGAAAAAGGUUUUUAACAAGAAAAAGGGUUCUCCGUUACUGGUGCCUUUGGUGCAAGGGAUCAAGAUGGUGCAGGACGGAGGCUACGCUUACCACACAGAAGUGAACAGCGCCAACGCGCUGAUAUCCAGAACAUUUACACAAAGCGAUCUCUGUGAGCUAGGAUCUCUCAAGUCCAUGGAGAAAACGGUGUUGUACCCAUGUCUGCAGAAGCAUAGUCCUUACAAGGAGUUCAUGACUUGGAGUCUUAUGCGUCUUUCGGAGCAAGGCAUAGUUUCCUGCAUUCAGAUCAGGAGGUUAUCAUUCGAGGUAAAGUGCGAAGGCAGUUCCCCUCGAGCCCUCGCGUUAGGAGGAGCAGCACCAGCGUUCAUACUCCUUGCUGGAGGAUACAUCCUCGCUACCAUCAUCAUGCUUAUUGAAAGAAUGAUUUUCAAAAUAAAUCAUGCAAAUAAAAUUCCAAAAGCAACGGCCGCAGCUUAG